CCCUCAACGCCCGUCUGUCAUUGGAAUCACACCGACACCGCUUUCUUUUAAUGGUGGACGUCGUCUCCACUUCGUGUAUGGUUUUAAAAGAAAAGCUUUAAGUAGAAAAUAUGGCGUUAUCAGCGGCUCGUCCCCUUGUAAACGUGUACAAUGAAAAGUCGGAGGAAGUUAAAGGUUCGAGCGUAGCUCUUCCAGCUGUCUUCAGAGCCCCAAUUCGACCUGAUGUUGUUAACUUCGUUCACCAACAAGUUUCGAUGAACCAUCGUCAGUCCUACAGCGUUAGCGACAAAGCUGGCCAUCAAACCUCUGCUGAGUCCUGGGGAACUGGACGUGCUGUCGCCCGUAUUCCACGUGUGCGUGGUGGUGGUACUCACCGUUCCGGGCAGGGUGCUUUCGGAAAUAUGUGUCGUGGAGGACGCAUGUUUGCACCAACCAAGCCAUGGCGUCGCUGGCACAGACGUGUGAACAUCAAUCAACGGCGCUACGCUUUGGUUUCCGCUGUGGCGGCCAGCGGAGUCCCUGCACUUGUUAUGAGCAAGGGGCACGUGGUUGAUCAGAUCCCCGAGUUGCCCUUGGUAGUUUCCGACAAGAUUCAGGAAUUCAACAAGACCAAGCAGGCCGUGCAGUUUUUGAGGAGGAUCAAGGCCUGGGCCGAUAUUCAAAAGGUCUACAAGAGUCAACGUUUCCGUGCUGGCAAGGGAAAAAUGCGCAACAGGAGGAGAAUUCAGCGUAAGGGACCUCUGGUCGUUUAUCAUCAAGAUCAAGGUCUACGCAGAGCUUUCCGCAAUAUCCCGGGUAUUGAUUUAAUCAGUAUCGAGAAGUUGAAUCUACUGAAAUUGGCGCCUGGCGGUCAUGUUGGGCGUUUCGUCAUCUGGACGGAAUCCGCUUUCCAAAAGCUGGACAAAGUGUUCGGAAGUUGGAAAGUGGCUUCCAGCCACAAAAAGGGCUACAAUCUGCCCGAAACUAAAAUGUCCAACACCGAUCUGUCUCGCCUGUUGAAGGCUGAUGAAAUCAAGGCGGUCCUGCGUCGUCCACAGAAGAAGAUUGUGCGUCGUGUGCGACGCCUCAAUCCAUUGACGAACGCCAAGGCUAUGUUGCGGCUCAACCCGUACUCUGCGGUUUUGAAGCGCGAAGCAAUCCUAUCAGGCCAGAAAAGAAGCUUGGCUAGAGAGGAACUUCUUGCCAAGAAGCGCGGGAUCACUUUACCGGAAACAAGUCCGGUAAUCAGGUCGGCCAAGCUGCAGGCUAAAAGGAGGGUCCAAAUCUUGAAGGCCCAGAAGGCAAAGGCUGCCAAGCCGAAAAAAGUUGCCGCGAAGGCACCAGCUAAGAAAUAAAUAUGAUGUUUCUUAGUUACGAAAUAAUUAUCAAGUAAG